AUGGGCAAGGAUCACUCUAACGCAGUGGCUGUAAGCCCAAUUGCAGACGAAAGCUUUGCCAUUGAGCUCUCCAAAGAAAAAGCGGUCGUGGAAGCGACUCACGCCUCUAGCGAUGCACAGUCUACGCGCAGCGGACAGAGCGAGGGUGGACGCUCUACCAAUGUUCCGAUGAAGAUGAAGAUCGUAGCUGUGUUGUUGGUCACAUUGAUUGGCUUUGGAGCUCAUUGGAGCUCUGGAGUUACAGGGGCAAUGAAAAGCACUCUGAAGAAGGAACUCCAUAUCAACAACACCCAGUACGCCCUCCUCGAGGCCUCGCAGGACUUCAUGGUCACGGCUCUUAUCCUGUUCACUGGGCUUGCCACUGAUCGAAUCGGAGGCGCCGGCGCCAUGGUAUGGGGCAAUAUCAUUUACAGUUUGGGAUCUAUUGUCAUCGCGGCGGCUACCACCAUCCGAAGCUACAAGCUUAUGAUCGGCGGUAUCGUGAUUCAAAGCUUGGGUGAUAUAGCAACGCAGGUUGCCCAAUACCGCAUCUUCUCGUCAUGGUUUGCUCCCUCGAAUGGCUUCGCCUCCACCCUGGGUUUCGAGUUGGGCAUUGGAAGGAUCGGAUCGUUCAUCGGCAAGGCCACUGCGAAUCCUAUUGCGAAAGGUACCGGCGACUUCAGUUGGGUCUAUUGGACGGCAGUAUUCAUGAACCUCUUCACCAACGUUGCCACCAUCGUCUUCUGGUACUUCCGGCGCUACACGGAAACCCACUACAGCGGACUUAAGGAUCCUGCGACCGGAGAGGAAUUGCGGGAGAACAGCGAAAGGUGGAACAUGAAAAAGUUCAUUCGACUUCCCUGGCCAUUCUGGUGCGUGAUGAUGUUCACCGCCUCUCAGACAGCCACGUCCAUCGUCUUCAACGCAAACGCUACUGAGCUGGCUGAACAACGAUUCAAUAUCAGCAGCGUAAAAGCAGGAUGGUACMCUGCGGCUUCUCAGUACCUCGGGUUUUUUCUGGUGCCGUUGCUUGGAAUCUUCAUCGAUGUUCUCGGGCAGCGUUUGACUGUGCUGUUCGUCUGCGGCACGGGUGUUUUCAUGGCCAUGUGCCUCGCGGCUUUCGGGCCCAAUGUCGCUGGAACAGCUGCAAGUCUUGGAAUCUUUGCGUUCGCAUCCAGUCUGGGCGCUACAGCAAUUAUCGAUGCCAUUCGAACCAUCAUCUGGUACCAGGAUACGUUUGGCUCUGCCUAUGCGGUCAAGAUUUUGGUGAACAACUGCAUGAACAUCAUUAUAAGAGUCAUUACAGGAGUGAUUCAAGACAGAGACAACGACUCUUACGAUAACGUUGUCUAUGUAUACGUGGUCCUGGCUUCCGGAGCUGUCCUAGUUUCGAUAACACUGCUCGUGGUAAGCCGCUGGAAAGUGGAUCUUCGAAGAUUGCAAUGGACGAGAAAGCAGAGGCAGCGGAAGGGAGAUGUCAUCAAUGAUUUGAGGGAUUCCUAUCAAAGCGGUCCGAAUAGCGCAAAGCACAACCUCUUUAGCACAUGUGCAUUUGCCAGCCUCGCGCUGUUGGUGCUGGGAGCGUGGAGUGGAUACUUCUGGGGAGUGGCGACUGGUAACAAUCAGUAG